AUGCCCUCGCCUGCAUCAAGACUUGCAAGACUUUUCAAGAUUCCCGCCAUCAACGUGCAUUGGAGAAAGUUCAACAACCAGCGCUUCAAGAAUUUGCUCGAUAUGGACGACAAAAAGAUCAAGGCCAGCUACAUGGCCCACGCUCUCGACAUCGCCAUCAAGUUCUCUGAAUACUGGCAUGAUCUACCUGAUUGGUUCCCCAGCUCUACCACUCAGCCCAAGAAUGAACACUACAAUGCUUGCACCCGUCGGGAUGGAAAAACUAUCAACAUCAGUCAUCUCAUUACGCCAAAGCUCGGGAGUGUUGAACUCGUUGGAUUCAACACCAGACACUUCACUCUGGCUCUCUGUCAAGUCACUGGCCUGGAGACUUUACGGGUCAAGCCUCUGAGCGAUUCAAAUAUGGAAUUUCUCCCGAUUGUGUCCUGCUGUCCCGCUCUGAAGACGCUAGAGUUCAAUGACAGAGUCCGUGGUCAAUAUUCGAUCUUUAUUGCCCUUGCACAACACCCCUGCAUCGAGCACAUCGCUCUCACCGAUACACUCGACCUUGACAUAGUGACCUGUGCGUUGGCAAAUCCGAAGCCUUUCACCUCCCAGAGUUCCUUGAACAUAGUGAUUCGCUUCACUGCGAUUGACGACUUGUUGUCCGCGCUUCCUCGACUCGAGUCUCUUACUAUGCAUGUUUACGACAUCGACACCCAAAGCAUGCAGAGUGUCACCAACAAGAUCCGCGAGCUAGGACGACUCUAG